GACAGGCUACAUGUCAAUGGACUCGUGGUCAAUAAAGUGACUUCCUCUUUCGGCUGUUUAAGCCAUCGGCCCAAGGACUGGAGGCUUCUCUCCUGCCACAGCCGUGUAGGAUGGCGGCCAUUGUCCACAGUAAGGGAGUCACAUGGGACACCCCUAAUGGAAACCUGGCACCAGCAGAGCGUCUUCAGAAUGAGAGAUCGGAGAGUCCGACCCCGGGACUCGUGGAGGGGACGGAGCCGGGUGCGAGUCAGGAGCGUGCCAUGUUUGUCCACACGCAGUCGUUUGAGGACCUGACCGCCGAAGUGGAGCUGAACGAAGCAGGGCGUCUCGAGUCCGAGGAAGCUUUAGAGAAGACCGAGACUCAAGCGGGAGAAGUUGCGGGAGGUGCGGAUGCUCGGGAGCAGCAGCAGCAGGAGGAGGAGAAGGUUCACCCUUUAGUAAAGGAGAAGAACGAGGAUGUUACAAGCGAAGCGUGGCGCUCUCACAAAAAGCACGUCUUCGUUCUGAGCGAGGCGGGAAAGCCCAUCUACACGCGCUACGGCUCUGAGGAAGCUCUGUCCACCACCAUGGGGGUGAUGAUGGCGCUCGUUUCUGUCGUGGAGGUGGAGAAGAACGCCAUUCGCUCCAUCCACGCAGACGGGUUCCGGGUGGUGUUCCUGCGUAAGAGCCCGCUGGUGCUGGUGUGCGUGUCGCGCUCGUGCCAGUCGGACGGCGAGCUCUGGCGCGAGCUGCACUACGUUUACUACCAGAUCCUGAGCCUGCUCACCCUCCCCCAGCUGCAGCGCGUCUUCCAGCAGCGCCAGAGCUUCGACCUGCGCCGCCUGCUGGCCGGCUCCGAGCGCGUCACCGCCGGCCUGCUGCGCUCGCUGGAGACCGACGCCGGGCUCAUGCUGAACGCCACCAUGAGCCUGCCGCUGUGCAGCGCCAAGCGGAACGCCGUCUGCGCCAGCCUGCAGGCCGCCAGCGCCAAGAACCUGGUGUUCUCCGUCCUGCUGGCCGGGAGCCGCCUGGUGGCGCUGAUCAGGAAGAAGGAGCAGCACCUGCACCACACCGACCUCCACCUGCUGGCCAACCUGGCGUCCUCGUCGUCCUCCUUCAGGCAGGGGGAGGGCUGGACCCCCGUCUGCCUGCCCAAGUUCAACGCCUCUGGCUUUUUCCACGCCCACAUCUCGUACCUUGAGCCGACGUCAGACCUCUGCCUGAUCCUGGUCUCCACCGACAGGGAGGACUUUUUUAACCUGUCCGAGUGUAAGCAGCGCUUCCUGGAGAGGCUGAAAAAGCGCAACGGGUACGAGGGUUUGCUGGAGGCGGUACGCUCGCCCACCUACCCCGUCUCACAGGUUGGCAUUCCCGACCUCUGGCACUUUGUCUACAAGUCCAAAAGCUCUGGGCUGUACACCAGUCCGGAGAUGUCUGUACCCUACCACACCGAGCAGCAGCAGGAGCGCAUCAUGGAUCUGUACCGCUACCUCCACAGCCGCCUGCACCACACCACGCGGCCCCUCCGCUCCAUCUACCGCUGCACCGACACCGAGAACCUGCUCGCUUGGUCCACCAGUGGUUUCGAGCUCUACCUCUGCUUCAGUCCUCUCGCUACUAAAGCCGUGGCCGUGGCCGCCGUUACCAAACUACUGAAGUGGAUCAGAAAGGAGGAGGAUCGUCUCUUCAUCCUCAACUCGCUGACCUACUGAGACGGACGAGCCUCCGCGCCCAGCUGCUCUUCAGACGGACGCGGGAGGAUCACGUCCAGUCCUCCUGACCUCCUGAUCUUGAAGGACGUGCACUGUAGACUGUUAACCAGCAGAUCUCGUCCGUGCAGCACCUCAGAAACACACUAACGUCUCGUAAACCAGCAAACAAACCAUUGUGUUGGUAAGAACCAUGUGACUCCACAGCGCGAUACGGCUCCAGUACUCAGCCAGUCACCCCAGUUCUGCAUUAUUUCAAUCCCAAUUAAAACAACCACUUUCAUUUCGCUUCCCAAACUGGGUGGAUCAAAUUGAAUCUUAUAUCAUUUAAUAAAAGACGAUUUAAAUUAGCACUCGAUCACAAAUGCACAUUUAUGAAUAAGUUUUGACACCACCGGUCUCAUUCCAAGCUUUGUUUACUUUUUUGUUUCUCUACAGGGACCUUUACAUUUCGGUGCACAAUUAUUGUUUGUUUGUUGAAUUAAACAUUCAGGAAGGGGGGGGAGUAAUAGAACAGUUCAUGUGUGUGAUAUCAAUAUGACUUUUAAUUUUGCAUUAAAUGGCCCAAAGUAUGUGGACGCCUGAUCAUGAGCUUGUCGGACAUUCCAUUUAAAAAACAAACUGUAUGUGAUUUUUGACUUUGAAGCAUAUCUGUAGGAAUUUGUGCCCAUUCAGUCAAAAGAGCAUUUGUAUGGCUGGGCACUGAUGUCGUCCCUCUGUUAUUUUGCUCAUAUUUUUAAUCAUGAGAGAAGCUUUAAGUCUGUGUUGAUAACCGGUCUUGUUGAUUCAGAGCUCGCUGACCUGUCGUAUUGAACAGAUUGACCUUAUAACACUGUGAUUAACGAACGCAUUCACUAACCUUAUUUAAAUAAACUUUUUCAAUAAUCA